AUGCCAGCCAUACGCCACGCCUCGAAGCGCAAGCCCCCGCCAGAGGGCUUCAGCGACAUCGAGGACGACCUGCUCAUCUUUGCCAACAAGAUGAAGGACGCGCAGAACAAGCCGCCGCCGCCAGGCCCCCGGUAUAAGGCGCAGUGGGAGGUGUUUCAGAUUUCGCACCAGCGCAGCCGCUACGUGUACGAGCUCUACUACGACAAGGAGGCCAUCAGCAAGCCGCUGUACGACUGGCUGCUCAAGAAUGGCUACGCGGACGCGAUGCUCAUUGCCAAGUGGAAGAAGCAGGGCUAUGAAAAGAGCGAUUGA